AUGGCUCGUAAGCCAUCGCCAGUACUGCCGACCCCAACGACCAACAACGACACGCACACGUCCAGACUCUCUCCCCUCGACAUCCGUACAUUCGCAAACCAUGCAAUCAACAACACCGUGGUGGUCGUGCCGGUCAACACUGGCAUGCUCCAUCUCACAGAAAACCUGCUGUGCUCCCUCGCAGCCAUCUCCUUCAACACGUCCGCGAUUGUCUUCUGGGCCCUAGACGACGGGGCACAAACCAGCCUCGCCGGCCAAGGAUUCGCGACCUAUCGAGAUGCCUCUCUCUUCUCUGCGAGCGGCAACGAAAACGCCCACGGCGUCACCGCGGCGUAUCGACGCAUGAUGCGCCAGCGGCCGCUGCUUUUCCGGGACAUUUUGUCCAGCGGCUUCGACGUCCUCAUGCUCGAUACCGACAUUGUGUUUUGGCAGUCGCCACUCUCCAUUGUGCCGCGGGAUGAAGACCGAGAGAGCGUCGACAUGGUAUACAGCACGGAUGCGCGCGAGUUCUUCACGGAGCGCGAUGCGUUUGCGGACAAGGGCCGCCGAGGCUCGCUGAUCCCGCCCAUCUGCAACGGCAUGUUCUGGAUGCGGAGCAGCAAGGAAACGGUAUCGAUAUGGUCUGAAAUGCUGGCCGUGUUCGAGGCUCCCUGGUGGAAGGUGGGACUCUACCGACAUUUCUGGUUCCAAGAUGAUCAGCGCGGCAUUGACGUGCUGCUGAAUGAUGGGCGGGCAAAGCUCGUCGCGCCUUUCCCGAGAGGCAUCACGGGAGAUAUGGUCCCGAACCAGCACGACGAUGCGACAAGUUUAAACGUGCGGCUUCUCGAUCAGACACAAGUUGCCAAUGGGCAAUUAUUCAUGUUCAGGGAAGCUUUGUAUGAGCAGCAUCUGGCGCAGCUUAGGGCGCAGGGCGAGGACCGAAUAUCCGUACACAUGAAUUGGAAUACGCAUGUCAUCUCAAAAACAGACGGGGCAAAGAAGAAACAUAUUUACUACUUGGACGAUGAGGGCAACUGCAAACUCUCCCGUCGAAAGCCACAAUGGACGGUAACACGGAGAGACUAG